AUGUCUCGGAAAAAUGCCAACAGCUCGUCACAUUUGGAGCACCUGCAGCCUGCACAGGAGCUGACCGAUGCACCUUACGAGCUAAAGGAGCUACAUGCCCCGGUUCUCAGGGGGUUUGCCCUCAAUGCCUUCGUCAGCGUUUUCGAAUCUAGUCUAGGUGCAUGGAUUUACCCCAUCCUUGCGAAGCAGAGCGGCGUUACGCAGGUCCUCCAAGGCCUGCGCGUGCCCGAGGCUCCGCUCUUCCACCCCGACAUCUGCCCGGUCUCAAACGAACCAGAGCCGCUCGCGGAGCCCCUGGACGAAUUAGAUUUCCCUGAUGCCGGUGAUAGUGACGGUAACGGUGACGGUGACGAUCGCGGCAUGAAGGUCGAUGGAGGAAGGGCGGCAACGGUAACGGCGCGCCCCACCGCCAGCAUCCUGCGAGCCCUAGAUCGCGGCCUUCUGCCGCACAGUCGCCAGCUGCACGCAAUCGACGCCAACACUGCGGCCUCCGACUCCGAAACGACCACCACUGCCGGCGCUGUCGCUCUCAAGGUUGGCGCUAAUAGUGGCGGUAAUGGUGUUGGAGGACGGGUUGUCAGCGGGCCGGUGCCGCAAUGGCCUGUGGCCUUCUCCAAAGGACCCACCAUUGUGGACUACGCCCGGGCUUAUCGAUGCGGUGAGGUGGCGGAACGCAUCAUUCAGUUCGUACAGGCGGGUGAGGCGAGCAGCCCCCCGUUGGGCUUCUUCGUGGGGUGGGACCCCGGGGCCUUGCGGGGGCAGGCGGAGGAGAGCAGCCGAAGCCUCUGCUUCUCCACAGAAGCGGCGACCUCCUUCGCCGUUGUUACGCCUCGUCUAUGCGAAUCCUCCUCAUCCGACUGUGUCUUCUGCCUACCCGGACGAGCACUUAAUCAACAUGCAAUACGUUGGCCCUCGUAUUCGGGGAUGACUAUGCCUGCCGUACUCCGCAGGCUCCGCGAGGGCCGACCCAGGUCGCUUCUGGAGGGUGUGCCCUUUGCCGUUAAGGACGUGGCGGAUGCACUGCCGUACAGUACGGCAGCCGGGACUACUUUUGUGGCAGCCCAGCGCCACGUCACCGCUGACGCCCCCUUCGUGGCCACCCUCCGCUCCCUGGGUGCCGUACUCCUGGGCAAGACCUCCAUGCACGAGAUCGGGCUGGGGAUCACGGGGUUAAACACGCGGGCGGGGGCCACCGCAAUAAACCCGCACGGUGCGUCCGCGGGUCACCCGGGUCACUACACGGGGGGGUCCUCCAGCGGGAGUGCGGCGGUGGUGGCGGCGGGGCUGUGUCCCAUCGCGGUUGGCAGUGACGGCGGCGGGUCCAUCCGCAUCCCCGCCUCUUUCUGCGGCCUGGUGGGACUCAAGCCGGGUGCGGGUCGGGUGGGGGGUGCGGGGGCGGUGGAGGUGGACUGCACGGUGGCGACCAUGGGGGCACUGGCGGGGUGUGUUCAGGACGUGGCGCUACUCCACGCUGUGAUGAGUGUGCAGGGCCCGCUGGCGGCGGGGGAGGUGCCGUACGAUGGCGUUAAGAUGCCGCUGCUGCCCGCCCCAUGGCCCGCCGUACCGCCGCCAUCGCCGCUGCCCCGGGGGCCUCCGGGAGGUGACGACGGCGGCGGCGGCUCUUGGCAGCCCCUGAAAGGACUGCGGGUUGGCGUGUACGACGAGUGGUUUCGCCACGCUUCCCCGUCCGUUGUGACGGUGUGUCGUACUGCGGUUUCGGAGCUGCAGUCCCUGGGCGCUGAACUGGUUCCAGUGGUGGUUCCGGAGCUGGAGCAUCUGCGGGUGGCGCACACUGUCACCAUUGUGAGCGAGAUGCUGCACAACUUCCGGGAGCGGUACGACAACCCCGCCCUCCGCGCUGCCUUCAACCCGGACGUACGACUGGCGCUGGCCAAUGCCCGAUUCUGGAGCCCGGCGGAUUACCUUCAGGCAGUGGGCCGUACUGGCCCAGGGGGGGAGGCUCAGCGUAUUCGCGCUCGUGCCAAUGUGCAUUUCAGGAGGGUGCUGAGCAAGGUCCAUGUGAUUGCGACCCCCACGACGCCCAUUCCGGCGCCGCGAAUACACCCCCUGGCUCUCCAGGGAGGGGAGAGCAACUUGCGGCAGGACCUCCGUGUUAUUCCGCUGCGAGUUGUUGUGUAA